ACAGUGCGUAGAAAAGGUUCUAUAUUUUGUCCAACGAAUGAAAUUUAGAAUGUGCCUAAGUACAAGAAAAUCCGCAUUUAUCAAAUGUGCGCACGCAGUUCUUACGCACAUGAGUAAGCAAUCAUUGUUGAUAAAUACCACAUGUGCGUAAGUACCAUGCUCGUUCACAUUCAUGGUCAUUAGCAUUCGGAAACGCCUCCAAUUAACCAUAUAUGGUGACAACACUUCCCUUUAAAAAUUACGUGAUUGUGUUUUUUCCUCACUGCAAUAAUAUGGCAAAGAGAGCAAAGAAGAGGAACUUCACAAACACAGAAUUAGAGAUACUUGUAAAUGAAGUUGAAUCCAACCAACAGAUAUUGUUUAGUUCAUUCACUGCAGGACGAAUUACAAAUAAAAGAAAAAAUGCUGCAUGGGAGAAUGUCACCAAUGCAGUUAAUUCCGUUGGGUCUGAGGAGAGAACUGUCCCAGAAAUAAAAAAAAAAUGGUUUGAUAUUAAAGUAUUGGCUAAAAAACGUGUCACAGCACACAGACGAGAAAUGUCCGCAACUGGAGGAGGACAGACAACAACGGAUCUUUCCCCAUUGGACAACCGCAUAGCCUGCAUCAUCGGAGACACGGCUCUGUCCAGGAUUACUAAGGACGGUGACACUGAUGCUCUUGCGAGAGAACAAACCGGGCCAUCUAACACCCAAAGUGAAGCGACACCCGUUGUGCCUGAGGAGCUUGAGGAGCCGGGCCCAUCCAUUGCCCCUUCCAUGCGCCGUGCGCCAAGAGUGCUGAGUGAGGCGGUGCUACAAAAUCAAGAGGAAACAACAAAAUCCAUUAAUGACCUAAAGGAUCAACUGAGCAACAUAACGAAUGUAUUGAUUCAAAUCAACGAGUCUCUGAAACAGAUUGCCUCUUGCGCAAAUACAAUUGCUAAUAAACCAUAAACCGCUGA